AAAACCGCCUGGGAAAGGGGGGAUUCCUGAGCAAGCUGGCCCCAACUUGAGAGUGGAGCAUUUUACUUCUCGACUGAACCGAACCGAUUCCUGAGAGUUAAACAAUGGAGAAAUACUUGACCUUGCUUCUGCUUCUGCUCCUCCUCCUCCAGCAUUUCGGAGACAGUGUUGGAAGCCAAACACUUCAGCAGACUUCUUUACAGUUUACGCAUUUCCAGUACAAUGUCACUGUGUAUGAAAACUCUGCAGCUAAAACCUAUGUUGGGCACCCUGUAAAGAUGGGCAUUUACCUUACAAAUCCAUUGUGGGAACCAAGGUACAAAAUUGUCUCAGGGGACAAUGAAAACCUGUUCAAAGCUGAAGAACACAUUCUUGGAGACUUUUGCUUUCUAAGAAUAAGGACCAAAGGAGGAAAUACAGCUAUUCUCAACCGGGAAGUGAAAGACCAUUACACACUGAUAGUGAAAGCAGUUGAAAAAAGUACUAAUGCCGAAGCACGAACAAAGGUCAGGGUGCAAGUGCUGGAUACAAAUGACUUGAGACCAUUAUUCUCACCCACCUCCUACAGCGUUUCAUUGCCCGAAAACACAGCCAUCAGGACCAGUAUUGCAAGAGUCAGUGCCACGGAUGCAGACAUAGGAACCAAUGGAGAGUUUUACUACAGUUUUAAAGACCGAACAGACAUGUUUGCCAUUCACCCUACCAGCGGCGCCAUAAUUUUAACAGGUAGACUUGAUUACAUGGAGACCCAGCUCUAUGAGAUGGAGAUUCUUGCUGUGGACCGUGGAAUGAAGUUGUACGGUAGCAGUGGGAUCAGCAGCAUGGCCAAGCUAACAGUUCAUGUCGAGCAGGCUAACGAGUGUGCCCCUGUUGUAACCGCAGUGACAUUGUCACCAUCAGAACUGGACAAAGACACCACAUAUGCAAUUGUCACAGUGGAGGACUGUGACCAGGGUGCCAAUGGGGAAGUUGCUUCUUUGAGCAUUGUGGCGGGGGACCCGCUUCAGCAGUUUCGAACAGUGAGGUCUUCUCCCGGGAGUAAAGAGUACAAAAUCAAAGCUGUCGAGGCCAUUGACUGGGACAGUCACCCUUUUGGCUACAACCUGACACUCCAGGCUAAAGAUAAAGGAAUCCCUCCCCAGUUCUCUUCUGUCAAAGUGGUUCAUGUGACUUCUCCGCAGUUCAAGGCGGGGCCAGUCAAGUUUGAGAAGAACGUUUACAGAGCAGAAAUUAGUGAGUUUGCUCCCCCCAAUACGCCUGUGGUCAUGGUCAAAGCCACUCCUCGUUAUUCUCACUUGAGGUACACUUUUAAAAGUACACCUGGAAAGGCGAAGUUCAGUUUGAAUCCCAACACUGGCCUCAUUUCCAUUUUGGAGCCAGUUAAAAGACAGCAUGCCUCCCAUUUUGAACUUGAAGUCUCAACAAGUGACAGGAAAGUGUCCACUAAAGUCUUGGUUAAAGUCAUCAGUGCAAACAGCAACCCCCCUGAAUUUACCCAGACAGCAUACAGAGCCUCUUUUGAUGAGAAUGUGCCCGUGGGCACCACUGUCCUGAGUGUGAGUGCACUAGACCCUGAUGAGGGUGAGAAUGGGUAUGUGACCUACAGUAUUGCCAACUUAAACCAGGUGCCAUUUGUGAUCAACCAUUUCAGCGGUGCUGUGAGUACCUCCAAAAUUUUGGACUAUGAGCUGAUGCCUCGGGUUUACACACUGAGGAUUCGAGCAUCAGAUUGGGGCUUGCCAUACCGCAGGGAAGUGGAAGUCCUGGCUACAGUUACUCUCAAUAACUUGAAUGACAACACACCCUUGUUUGAGAAAAUAAAUUGUGAAGGCACAAUUCCCAGGGAUCUUGGUGUGGGCGAGCAGAUAACGACUGUUUCUGCCAUUGAUGCUGAUGAACUGCAGUUGGUUCGCUAUCAGAUCGAAGCUGGAAAUGAACUGGAAUUGUUUAUUUUAAACCCCAGCUCGGGGGUAUUGUCAUUAAAACAAUCCCUUAUGGAAGGCUUGGGUGCAAAGGUAUCUUUUCAUAGUCUGAGAAUCACUGCUACAGACGGAGAGAAUUUUGCCACGCCAUUGUAUAUCAACUUAACAGUGGCUGCCCCUCGCAAGCAAAUAAACCUGCAUUGUGAAGAGACUGGAGUUGCCAAAAUGCUGGCGGAGAAACUCCUGCAAGCAAAUAAAUUACACAGCCAGGGAGAGGUGGAGGAUAUAUUCUUCGAUUCUCAUUCUGUCAAUGCUCAUGCACCACAGUUUAAAAGUACUCUUCCAAUUAGUAUUGAGGUGAAGGAAAAUCACCCCAUGGGCUCCAACAUCAUCCUCAUGAAUGCUACUGACCUUGACACUGGCUUCAAUGGAAAACUGGUCUAUGCUAUUUCUGGAGGAAAUGAGGAUAGUUGUUUCAUUAUUGACAUGGACACAGGAAUGCUAAAAAUUUUAUCUCCCCUGGACCGCGAAACAACCGACAAAUAUACCCUGAAUAUUACAGUAUAUGACCUUGGUCUACCACAGAAGGCUGCUUGGCGUCUGCUAGAUGUCAGAGUUCUGGAUGCCAAUGAUAAUCCACCUGAGUUUUUACAGGAGAGCUACUUUGUUGAAGUGAGUGAAGAUAAAGAGGUCAAUAGUGAGAUCAUUCAGAUCGAAGCUACAGAUAAAGAUCAGGGUCCUAAUGGUUAUGUGACAUACUCUAUUCUCACAGACACAGAUAAGUUUUCAAUUGACAGUGUGACCGGGGUCGUUCGAAUCCUGUCCCCCUUGGAUCGUGAAACCCAGCAUGUGCAUUACUUAAAGAUAGAAGCCAGGGAUCAAGCCAAAGAAGAACAUCAGUUGUUUUCCUCUGUACUUUUGAAAGUAUCAUUAGAGGAUGUUAAUGACAACCCGCCGAAGUUCAUUCCACCUAAUUACCAUGUGAAAAUUCGAGAGGACCUUCCUGAAGGAACCAUAAUCAUGUGGUUGGAGGCCUAUGAUCCUGAUGUAGGUCAAUCUAGUCAAGUGAGAUACAGUAUCUUGGACCAUGGAGAAGGACACUUUGAUGUGGAUAAGCUCAGUGGAGCAGUUAGAAUCGUACAGCAGUUGGACUUUGAAAAGAAGCAAGUCUAUAAUCUCACUGUGAGGGCCAAAGACAGAGGGAAGCCAAUUUCUCUGUCUUCCACUUGCUUUGUUGAGGUUGAAGUGAUUGAUGUGAAUGAAAACUUACACCCACCAGUGUUUUCCAGCUUUGUGGAGAAAGGUGUAGUGAAAGAAGAUGUUCCUAUUGGUUCAUCAAUAAUGACAGUAUCAGCUCAUGAUGAGGAUGUAGGAAGAGACGGAGAGAUACGUUAUUCCAUUAGAGAUGGUUCUGGUGUUGGUGUCUUCAAAAUAGAUGAAGAAACAGGUGUCAUUGAAACUUCAGAUCGGCUGGACCGUGAGUCAGCCUCCCAUUAUUGGCUAACAGUCUAUGCAACCGACCAGGGUGUUGUGCCUCUUUCAUCUUUUAUCGAGAUCUACAUAGAAGUUGAGGAUGUCAAUGACAAUGCACCGCAGACAUCAGAGCCUGUCUAUUAUCCACAAGUCAUGGAAAAUUCUCCCAAGGAUGUAGCUGUGGUCCAGAUUGAAGCUUUUGAUCCCGACUCUAGCUCUAAUGAUAAGCUUACAUACAAAAUUACAAGUGGCAAUCCACAAGGUUUCUUUUCAAUCCAUCUCAAAACAGGUCUCAUCACAACUACAUCAAGGAAACUAGAUCGGGAGCAACAAGAUGAACACAUAUUAGAAGUUACUGUGACAGACAAUGGUAGUCCUCCCAAAUCAACCAUUGCGAGAGUAAUUGUGAAAAUUCUGGAUGAAAAUGACAACAAACCUCAGUUCUUGCAAAAGUUCUACAAAAUCAGACUCCCAGAGCGAGAAAAGACAGAAAGGGAGAGAAACGCGAAGCGGGAGCCCAUAUAUCGUGUUAUUGCUGCAGACAAAGAUGAAGGUCCCAAUGCGGAGAUCUCCUACAGCAUUGAGGAGGGAAACGAACAUGGCAAGUUUUUUAUUGAGCCCAAGACUGGAGUGGUUUCAUCCAAGAAGGCUUCUGCAGCUGGCGAAUAUGAUAUUCUCUCUAUUAAAGCAGUUGACAAUGGUCGCCCCCAAAAAUCAUCAACCACUCGACUCCAUAUUGAAUGGAUUGACAAGCCCAAACCCCCUCUGGAACCCAUUUCUUUUGAAGAAUCAUUUUUCACCUUUACUGUUAUGGAAAGUGACCCCGUUGCCCAUAUGAUUGGAGUCAUAUCUGUGGAACCUCCUGGGACACCUCUAUGGUUUGACAUCACUGGUGGCAACUAUAACAGCCAUUUUGAUGUGGACAAGGGCACUGGGACCAUAAUUGUUGCUAAGCCUCUUGAUGCAGAACAAAAAUCAAGCUAUAACUUGACAGUCGAGGUUACAGAUGGAACCACAUCUAUAGUUACUCAGGUAUUCAUCAAAGUAAUAGACACAAAUGACCAUCGUCCUCAAUUUUCGACAUCAAAAUAUGAAGUUGUGAUUCCUGAAGAUACUGUUCCAGAAACAGAAAUAUUACAAAUUAGUGCUUUGGAUAAGGAUGAGAAAAACAAACUUAUUUACACUCUGCAGAGCAGUAUAGAUCCACUGAGUCUCAAGAAAUUUCGCCUUGAUCCUGCAGCGGGUUCUCUCUAUACAUCUGAAAAACUUGAUCAUGAAGCCACUCACCAGCAUGUUCUUACAGUCAUGGUUCGAGAUCAGGAUGUUCCAGUGAAACGCAACUUUGCAAGGAUUAUUAUUGAUGUCAGUGACACGAAUGACCAUGCACCUUGGUUCACGAGUUCAUCCUAUGAGGGCCGAGUGUACGAGUCAGCAGCCCUUGGCUCUGUUGUAUUGCAGGUUACAGCUCUGGACAAAGACAAAGGGAAAAAUGCUGAAGUAUUUUACUCUAUUGAAUCAGGAAAUAUUGGAAAUUCUUUUACAAUUGAUCCCAUCUUGGGCUCUAUUAAAACUGCCAAAGAAUUAGAUCGAAGUAACCAAGUGGAAUAUGAUUUGAUGAUUAAAGCUACUGAUAAAGGCAGUCCACCCAUGAGUGAAAUAACUUCUGUGCAUAUCUUUGUCACGAUUGCUGACAAUGCUGCCCCCAAGUUUACAUCAAAGCAAUACUCUGUUGAAAUCAGUGAAACUCUCAGCAUCGGGAAUUUUGUUGGAAUGGUUACAGCCCACAGUCAGUCCUCAGUGGUCUAUGACAUCAAAGAUGGAAACAUAGCUGAUGCUUUUGCUAUCAACCCACAUUCAGGAAGUAUCAUCACUCAAAAAGCCCUGGAUUUUGAAACUUUGCCCGUUUACACACUGAUAAUACAGGGAACCAAUAUGGCUGGUUUGUCUGCUAACACAACAGUUCUCGUGCACCUGCUGGAUGAAAAUGACAACUGGCCCAUUUUUAUGCAGGCCGAAUAUACGGGACUCAUCAGUGAAUCAGCUUCAGUUAACAGUGUGGUCCUAACAGACAGGAAUGUUCCGUUAGUGGUUCGAGCCACUGAUGCUGAUAAAGAAUCAAAUGCUUUGCUUGUUUAUCAUAUUGUCGAGCCAUCCGUACACAAAUAUUUUGCUAUUGAUCCUAGCACUGGUGCUAUUCAUACAGUUCUCAGUUUGGAUUAUGAAGAAAUAAAUACUUUCCACUUUACAGUACAAGUGCAUGACAUGGGAACCCCACGCUUGUUUGCUGAAUAUGCAGCUAAUGUGACUAUACAUGUCAUUGACAUAAAUGACUGCCCCCCUGUGUUCACCAAAUCAUUGUAUGAAGCAUCUCUUUUGGUGCCAACCUACAAGGGAGUUAAAAUCAUCACAGUCAAUGCUACAGAUGCUGAUUCAAGAGCAUUCUCACAGGUAAUGUACUCCAUCACUGAGGGCAACAUUGGAGAGAAGUUUCUUAUGGACUACAAGACUGGAACGAUAACGGUGCAAAAUACAACUCAGUUAAGAAGCCGUUACGAGUUAACCAUUAGAGCUUCUGAUGGCAGAUUUGCAAGCUUUACCUCUGUGAAAAUUAACGUAAAGGAAAGCAAAGAAAGUCAGCUGAAGUUUACCCAAGAUUUCUACUCAGCAGUUGUGCAAGAGAAUUCCACCGAAGCCAGAACAUUAGCAGUUAUUACAGCUAUUGGAAAUCCAAUCAAUGAACCUUUGUUCUAUCAAAUCCUCAACCCAGAUCGAAGAUUUAAAAUUAGCCGCACUUCUGGAGUUCUGUCAACCACUGGCAUACCAUUUGAUCGUGAACAGCAGGAGGCAUUUGACGUGAUAGUGGAGGUGACCCAAGAACAUAAACCUUUAGCUGUAGCCCAUGUUGUCGUGAAGGUCACCAUAGAAGAUCAAAAUGAUAAUGCCCCAGUGUUCGUCAACCUUCCGUACUAUGCUGUUGUUAAAGUGGCUACUGCUGUGGGCCAUGUUAUUCGCUCAGUGACUGCUGUAGACAGGGAUAGUGGCCGAAAUGGGGAAGUGCAUUACUACCUUAAGGAACAUCAUGAACACUUUCAGAUUGGAUCCUCAGGUGAAAUUUCACUGAAAAAGCCAUUUGAACCUGACACCUUAAAUAAAGAAUACCUCAUUACAGUGGUUGCAAAAGAUGGUGGAGACCCAGCCUUUUCCGCUGAAGUCAUUAUUCCAGUCACCGUUAUGAAUAAAGCCAUGCCUGUGUUUGAAAAACCUUUCUACAGUGCAGAGAUUCCUGAGAAUAUCCAGAUGCACAGUCCAGUGGUCCAUGUACAAGCCAACAGCCCAGAAGGGUUGAAGGUAUUCUACAGCAUCACAGAGGGUGAUCCCUUCAGCCAAUUUACUAUUAACUUCAACACUGGAGUUAUACAUGUCAUAUCUCCUUUGGAUUUUGAAUCCCACCCAGCAUAUAAGCUUAAUGUACGAGCAACUGAUUCUUUGACUGGUGCUCAUGCUGAAGUGUUUGUUGAUAUCAUCGUAGAAGACAUCAAUGACAACCCGCCUGUGUUUGUCCAGCAGGCAUAUGCCACAACCUUGUCUGAGGCAUCUAUCAUUGGAACCCCUGUCAUUCAAGUCAGAGCAACUGAUUCAGAUUCAGAACCCAACCGAGGAAUUUCAUACCAUAUGUUUGGCAAUCACAGCAAAAGUCAUGAUCAUUUUCAUAUAGAUAGCAAUACUGGUCUCAUAUCACUGGUCAGAACUUUGGAUUUUGAGCAGUUCCAGCAGCACAAGAUUUUCAUAAGGGCUGUUGACAGUGGUAUGCCGCCCCUGAGCAGUGAUGCGGUUGUCACAGUGGAAGUUGUGGACCUCAAUGACAAUCUGCCACUCUUUGACCAACAAAUUUAUGAAGCCAAAAUCAGUGAGCGUGCCAGUCCUGGGCAUUUUGUGACCUGUGUAAAAGCCUAUGAUGCAGACAGUUCGGACAUAGGAAAGUUGGAGUAUUCCAUCCUCUCUGGAAAUGAUCAUAAGAGUUUUGUGAUAGACAGUGAAACAGGGAUCAUCACGCUCUCAAACCUGCGCCGACAUACUCUGAAGCCUUUUUACAAUCUUAACAUUUCUGUUUCUGAUGGAGUCUUUAGAAGUGCUGCUCAGGUUCACAUAACUGUAAUUGGAAGCAAUUUGCACAGUCCUGUUUUUCUUCAGAAUGAAUAUGAAGUUGAGCUAGCUGAAAAUGCGCCUUUACACACCCUGGUGAUUGAGGUUAAAGCAACUGAUGGGGAUUCUGGUAUUUAUGGUCAUGUUACCUACCAUAUUGUAAACGACUUUGCCAAAGACAGAUUUUACACAAAUGAUAGAGGACAGAUACUUACUUUGGAAAAACUUGAUAGAGAAACCCCAGCAGAGAAAGUAAUCGCAAUUCGUUUAAUGGCUAAGGAUGCUGGAGGAAAAGUCGCUUUCUGCACCGUUAAUGUCAUCCUUACAGAUGACAAUGAUAACGCACCACAAUUUCGAGCAACCAAGUAUGAAGUGAACAUUGGAUCCAGUGCUCCCAAAGGGACAUCAGUCAUUAAAGUUCUUGCGAGUGAUGCUGACGAGGGAUCCAAUGCUGAUAUCACCUAUGCCAUCGAGGCAGAUUCAGAAAGUGUUAAAGAGAAUUUGGAAAUUAACAAACUGUCUGGCAUCAUUACCACAAAGGAAAGCUUAGUUGGCUUAGAAAAUGAGUUCUUCACUUUCUUUGUUCGGGCUGUGGAUAGUGGGUCUCCACCAAAAGAAUCUGUGGUUCCAGUGUAUGUUAAAAUACUUCCACCCGAAAUGCAGCUUCCAAAAUUUACAGAACCAUUUUAUACCUAUGCCAUUUCAGAAGACAUGCCCAUUGGAACAGAAAUCGAUCUCAUCCGAGCAGAACAUAGUGGGAAUAUUCUUUACAGCCUGGUCAAAGGGAAUACCCCUGAAAGUAAUAGGGAUGAGUUCUUUGUGGUUGACAAACAGAGUGGGAGGCUAAAGCUGGAGAAGAGUCUUGAUCAUGAGACAACCAAGUGGUAUCAGUUUUCCAUUCUGGCCAGGUGUACUCUUGAAGACUAUGAGGUGGUGUCUUCUGUAGAUGUUAGUAUCCAGGUGAAAGAUGCAAAUGAUAACAGCCCUGUCUUGGAGUCGAACCCAUAUGAGGCUUUUAUUGUAGAAAAUAUGCCAGGGGGGAGUCGAGUCAUCCAAGUCAGGGCAUCUGAUCUGGACUCAGGAACCAAUGGCCACGUUAUGUAUAGCCUGGACCAGUCACAAAGUGUAGACAUCAUUGAGUCUUUUGCCAUUAACAUGGAAACAGGCUGGAUUACCACCCUAAAGGAGCUCAACCAUGAAGAGAGAGACAAUUACCAGAUUCAAGUGGUUGCCUCAGAUCACGGUGAGAAGAUUCAGCUGUCUUCCACAGCCAUUGUGGAUGUUACAGUCACCGAUGUCAAUGAUAGUCCACCCCGGUUCACAGCAGAGAUUUAUAAAGGGACUGUGAGUGAAGAUGACCCCACAGGAGGUGUGAUUGCCAUCUUAAGUACCACAGAUGCAGAUUCAGAAGAGAUUAAUAAACAAGUUACAUACUGCAUAACAGGAGGAGAUCCUUUGGGCCAGUUUGGUAUUGAAAACGUGCAUAAUGAAUGGAAGGUCUAUGUGAAGAAACCACUGGAUAGGGAAAAAAGGGACAAUUAUCUUCUGACUAUAACAGCAACUGAUGGAACCUUUUCCUCCAAAGCUAUAGUUGAAGUAAAAGUUCUUGAUGCAAAUGAUAACAGUCCAGUUUGUGAAAAGACUUUAUAUUCAGAGACAAUUCCUGAAGAUGCCUUUCCGGGGAAACUGGUCGUGCAGGUCUCUGCUACAGAUGCAGAUAUUCGCUCCAAUGCUGAAGUCACUUACAAGUUAUUUGGUGCAGGUGCAGAAAAGUUCAAGCUAAAUCCAGAUACAGGUGAACUGAAAACAUCAGCCCCCUUGGACCGUGAGGAGCAGGCCACUUACCACCUUCUCGUCAAAGCCACUGACAGAGGGGGGAGAUUCUGUCAGGCUCAUGUGGUGCUGACUUUGGAAGAUGUGAAUGAUAAUGCCCCAGAGUUCUCUGCUGAUCCGUACACCAUCACUGUGUUUGAAAACACAGAGCCGGGCACUCUAUUGACAAGAGUGCAGGCCUCAGAUGCAGAUGCAGGACUGAAUCGCAAGAUAUCCUAUUCCAUGAUUAACUCUGCUGAUGGCCAGUUCUCUAUCAAUGAAGUAUCUGGGAUCAUUCAGUUAGAAAGGCCUCUGGAUCGAGAACUCCAGGCAGUUUACACCCUUACUUUGAAAGCUGUUGAUCAAGGUUUCCCAAGGAGGUUGACAGCGACUGGGACUGUUGUUGUGUCUGUUUUGGACAUAAAUGACAACCCGCCUGUGUUUGAAUACCGAGAGUAUGCUGCCACUGUGUCUGAGGACAUCCUUAUUGGAACAGAAGUUCUGCAGGUGUAUGCAGCAAGUCGGGACAUCGAAGCAAAUGCAGAAAUCACCUACUCAGUAAUAAGUGGAAACGAACAUGGAAAAUUCAGCAUAGAUUCUAAAACAGGGGCCAUAUUUGUCAUUGAGAAUCUGGAUUAUGAAAGCUCUCACGAGUAUUACCUGACGGUGGCAGCAACUGAUGGAGGCACACCGUCUCUGAGUGAUGUCGCGACUGUGAACAUUAAUGUAACAGACAUCAAUGACAACACCCCUGUGUUCAGCCAAGACACUUACACAGCCGUGAUCAGUGAAGAUGCAGUGCUUGAGCAAUCUGUCAUUACCGUUAUGGCUGAUGAUGCUGAUGGACCUUUGAAUAGCCACAUCCACUAUUCGAUUAUAGAUGGCAAUCAGGGAAGUCCAUUCACAAUUGACCCGACCAGGGGAGAAGUGAAGGUGACCAGACUUCUUGACCGAGAGACAAUUUCUGGAUACACACUCACCGUUCAGGCUUCUGACAACGGCAGUCCCCCACGAGUCAACACAACCACAGUCAACAUCGAUGUGUCCGAUGUCAAUGACAAUGCUCCCCUCUUUUCCCAGGGGAACUACAGCAUCAUUAUCCAGGAGAACAAACCUGUAGGGUUCAGUGUGCUGCAGCUGGUAGUCACAGACAAGGAUUCUUCUCAUAAUGGCCCUCCCUUCUUCUUUACUAUUGUGAGUGGAAAUGAUGACAGAGCAUUUGAAGUGAACCAAUAUGGAGCCCUCCUGACUUCAGCUUCCAUAAAGAAGAAAGUGAAGGACCAUUACUUACUGCAUGUUAAGGUGGCAGAUAAUGGAAAGCCUCAGUUAUCAUCUUUGACUUAUAUUGACAUCAGGGUAAUUGAAGAGAGCAUCUAUCCUCCUGCAAUUUUGCCUCUAGAGAUUUUCAUUUCUACUUUCGGAGAGGAGUACUCAGGUGGUGUCAUCGGGAAGAUCCAUGCAACGGAUCAAGACGUUUAUGACACUUUAACUUACAGUCUUGACCCACAAAUGGACAACCUCUUCUCUGUUUCCAGCACCGGGGGGAAGCUGAUUGCACAUAAAAAGCUGGAUAUUGGGCAAUACAUUCUCAACGUCAGUGUGACCGAUGGAAGGUUCACAGCAGUGGCUGACAUCUCGGUGCACAUCAGACAGUUCACCCAGGAGAUGGUGAACCACACAGUGGCCAUCCGCUUUGCCAAUCUCACUCCGGAGGAGUUUGUUGGUGACUACUGGCGCAACUUCCAGCGAGCGUUACGGAACAUCUUGGGUGGGAGAAGGAACGAGAUCCAGAUUGUUAGUUUGCAGCCCUCUGAACCUCAUCCUCAUCUGGAUGUUUUACUUUUUAUUGAGAAAUCAGGCAGUGCCCUAUCCACAAAGCAGCUUCUGCACAAGAUCAAUUCUUCCGUGACUGAUAUUGAGGAAAUCAUUGGUGUUAGGAUAUUAGAUGUAUUCCAGAAGCUCUGUGCAGGCCUGGAUUGCCCGUGGAAAUUCUGUGACGAAAAGAUAUCUUUGGAUGAAACUGUGAUGUCAACGCACAGCACCGCCAGACUGAGUUUUGUAACUCCCCGUCACCGGAGAACAGCCGUGUGUCUCUGCAAAGAAGGAACUUGCCCACUUGUCCACCAGGGAUGUGAAGACAUUCUAUGCCCUGAGGGAUCCGAGUGUGUUUCUGACCCCAGAGAGGAAAAGUACACCUGUGUCUGUCCAGGUGGCAAGUUUGGUCAAUGCCCAGGAAGCUCCUCUCUAACAUUUACUGGAAAUAGCUUUGUGAAAUAUCGGCUGAUGGAAAAUGAGAACAAAUUAGAGAUGAAGCUGACCAUGAGACUCAGAACAUUCUCUUCCCAUGCAGUUGUGAUGUAUGCUCGAGGAACUGACUAUAGCAUUUUGGAGAUCCACAAUGGCCGACUGCAAUACAAAUUUGACUGUGGAAGCGGCCCUGGAAUUGUCUCUGUUCAGAGCAUUCAGGUCAGCGAUGGGCUGUGGCAUGCAGUGUCUCUUGAAGUGAAUGGAAACUACGCUAGAUUAGUUCUAGACCAAGUCCACACGGCGUCAGGCACAGCUCCAGGAACUCUAAAAACCCUCAACCUGGACAACCAUGUGUUCUUUGGUGGCCACAUCCACCAGCAAGGUACAAGGCACGGUCGAAGUCCCCAAGUUAGUAAUGGCUUCAGAGGGUGUAUGGAUUCCAUUUAUUUGAACGGACAGGAGCUCCCUUUAAAUAACAAGCCAAGAAGCUACGCACACAUUGAAGAAUCUGUGGACGUGUCUCCUGGGUGCUUAUUAACAGCCACAGAAGACUGCUCAAGUAACCCUUGCCAGAAUGGAGGGAUUUGUAAUCCAUCACCUACUGGAGGUUAUUACUGCAAGUGCAAUGCCUUACACAUUGGGACAUACUGUGAGGUGAGCGUCAACCCUUGUUCCUCCAACCCUUGCCUCUAUGGAGGUACCUGCAUAGUGGAUAGUGGAGACUUUGUUUGCCAAUGCAGAGGACUGUAUACUGGUCAGAGGUGCCAACUGAGUCCAUAUUGCAAAGAUGAACCCUGUAAAAAUGGUGGGACAUGUUUUGACAGUUUGGACGGUGCUGUCUGUCAGUGUGACCCAGGAUUUAGGGGCGAAAGGUGCCAGAGUGACAUUGACGAGUGUGCUGGAAACCCAUGUCGCAAUGGAGCCCAGUGUGAGAACACACAUGGCUCCUAUCACUGUAACUGUAGCCAGGAGUUCAAAGGAAAGCACUGUGAAGAUGCCGCCCCUAACCAGUAUGUGUCCACGCCUUGGAACAUCGGGCUGGCCGAGGGGAUUGGGAUCGUAGUUUUCAUCAUGGGGACCUUUCUGCUGGUGGUGAUAUUCGUUGUCUGCCGCAAGAUGUCUGGCCGAAAGAAGAAGAAGAAGGCUGAGCCCGAAGACAAACACUUGGCACCAUCCACAGCCUUCUUACAAAGACCGUAUUUUGAUGCAAAGCUGAACAAGAACAUUUACUCCGAUAUCCCACCCCAGGUUCCUGUCCGUCCCAUUUCUUAUACUCCAAGCAUUCCAAGUGACUCUAGAAACAACCUGGACCGCAACUCCUUUGAAGGGUCUGCAAUCCCCGAGCAUCCCGAGUUCAGUACCUUUAACCCUGAGUCGGUGCACGGGCACCGGAAGGCUGUGGCUGUCUGCAGCGUGGCACCAAACUUGCCUCCCCCGCCACCUUCCAACUCCCCUUCUGACAGUGACUCCAUCCAAAAGCCUAACUGGGACUUCGACUAUGACACUAAAGUAGUGGAUCUUGACCCCUGUCUCUCCAAGAAACCUCUAGAGGAGAAGCCUUCACAUCCAUACAGUGCUAGGGAAAGCCUGUCUGAAGUGCAGUCCCUCAGCUCCUUCCAGUCGGAGUCUUGUGAUGACAAUGCUUCCAUAGUGACUGUAAUACACCUUGUCAAUGCUGUAGUUGACACGGUGAACCGAGAAGAGUCUUUGGCUGCUCCUGACCUCAACAAAUCAAGAGGCUAUCACUGGGAUACCUCGGACUGGAUGCCAACGGUCCCUCUGCCAGACAUCCAAGAAUUUCCCAACUACGAGGUCAUCGAUGAGCAAACACCCCUGUACUCAGCAGAUCCCAACGCCAUCGACACAGACUAUUACCCAGGAGGUUACGACAUUGAGAGUGACUUUCCACCACCCCCGGAGGACUUCCCCGCACCCGAUGAACUGCCCCCGCUGCCUGCAGAAUUCGGUGAGCAGUUUGAUGCCAUCCACCCCCCCAGAGACAUGCCUGCCACCGCCAGCUUAGGGCCUUCGAGAAACCGGCAGCGGUUCCACUUGAAUCAGUACCUGCCCAAUUUCUAUCCCGCCGAUCUGUCUGAACCUCAAAAAUCAGGCACGGGGGAGACGAGUGCUUGUCGAGAACCCUACGCCCCUUACCCACCAGGGUAUCCCCGGAACUUUGACGCCCCCCCCUGUAGAGAACCUGCCCAUGUCGGUGUACAGCUCCACCGUGUCCUGCUCCGACAUGUCCGCCUGCUGUGAAGUGGAGUCGGAGGUCAUGAUGAGUGACUAUGAGAGCGGAGAUGACGGCCACUUCGAAGAGGUGACGAUCCCGCCCCUCGAUUCACACCAACACACGCAAGUCUGACACUCACACUCCCCCCCAAAGUGCCUGGACUUUCCUGAACCUAGAUGCGCCCGUUGAUCUGCGAAGUUCCCAGCCAUGCCAUGGCGCUUCCCCUGCACCCCGGUGAGCUCAUUGAGCCUGGCUGUCCCAUGCCUCCUGCCCUCUCGGCCAUCUGCAGUGUCCCGACCUACUGUCUUCGGCGGAGAUUCACGCUGGCUGUGCCAUUUCUCCACGUCUUUUUUUGUAUUCAUCCGUGUCUGUGUUCCAAUAAUGACGUGAAAAUCAGGCCUGCCCAUCUUGUUAGCAUGAUUCAUGUAUUUAUAGAGAUUUGGUUAUUUUAAUGUUACUGUCUUUUUUCCUUUUUUCUUUUUUGUAAAUGUUAUGUACAGUUUUGAUUCUUUUUUAAAGUUUGAAUUAGAUGUUCAAGAUGUUUUUUGCUUUUUUUAAAAAAAUUUUUCCAGGUUUUGGUGGUAUUAGGGUCAUUAUCUUACACCCUGAUUUUUUUUUUUUUUUACUAUAACCAGGCAUUCACUAUAUGUCCUCCACUGACCUAUGACAUUUCAUUAAUACAUUUCAGUGUAGUCAUGUGUUUCUUGCUGUCCACAAGAUGAGGAAAGAUCUUAUACAUGGAUGUGUCUUAAGUGGGUUGCUGUAUUUUAGAGUUAUAAACAUUUUUCAUUAUUGGAAAGUGUGAAGGGGACCUUCUGCAUACCUAUUUACAACCAAAACCACCAUGACACAGUUUUUAUAGUGUCUGUAUAUUUGUGAUGCAAUGGUCUUGUAAAGGUUUUUACUGAAAACUACCAUUAGCCAGUCUUUCUUACUGACAAUAAAUUAUUAAUAAAAUACUUUAGCUUUA